AUUGAUUUCUGUGAAAGCGCCAGCGAUUGGGGGUGAACCGUGCGAUAUCGACUGGAAUCAGUUGACAAACACCGCCACACUCGGCCAAAUCAGUGCGUUUGGCCCCGUCGAUUUUCUCGGUGAUGAUAUCGUGACUGGAGUUCCUCGUACGCCGGAGACGACGUCCGAAAAUGUCGUCCAUUUCGGCACAAGGGGUUGUCGAACGGGCCUCCGCGGAACUGUCCAAGAGGAUCAACGGUUUGGGACUUCGUAGUAGCAAACACCAUGCUGCCAAAGGCAGCGUUAUGGAAAGAGUCACUAACGUCUUUUGUGGAGGAAGCAAUAACUCAGUUGUGGGAGCUCCAGAAAAACCUUCGAGGUUACUGCCUAGUAGAGGUCUAUCAAAAAACGCGAACACCGGAGUAUCCAUCGGAGGAGGUACCAUCGUGACGCCUAGAAGACACCGUCCUUUACCGACGUAUCUCUCUUGGGAUCAGCUCAUGAUGGACGACAAAUUCCUUCCAAACUUUUUCAUGUAUUUUAACGCCUGCGAACGAUGUGUCCUUGCACAGGUCUGCACCCGAUGGAGGGAUGUUUUGUACAGAUCACCACGGUAUUGGUCGGGGCUGGUGCCAGUUCUGCAAUGCCGAGAAAUGCGCUCCUCUCAAACUAAUGAGCGUGCUAGAUUAUAUGGAUCGUUACUUAGGAGGGGUUUCCACAGUUUGUCGUUGAUGGGAGCUUCUGACGAAGAUGCCAUGGACUUAGUGAACACUUUUCCUUUAGCUUCAAAACAUAUACAUACGCUUAGUUUACGAUGUUCUAGCAUUACUGAUAGAGGACUAGAAACGCUUCUCGAUCAUCUUCAGGCUCUUUAUGAACUGGAACUAGCUGGUUGUAACGAGAUAACGGAGGCUGGGUUGUGGGCGUGUCUCAACCCUCGGAUAGUCUCGCUUACCCUCACCGACUGCAUAAACGUAGCCGACGAAGCUGUAGGGGCGGUCGCUCAGCUACUACCCGCGCUCUACGAGUUCUCCCUGCAAGCCUACCACGUCACUGAUGCCGCUUUAGGAUAUUUUUCGCCGAAGCAAAGCAAUUCGCUCAAUGUGCUAAGGCUGCAUUCCUGUUGGGAAAUCACCAAUCACGGUGUUGUAAAUAUAGUACAUUCACUACCGAAUUUAACAAUUUUGAGCUUAUCUGGCUGUAGUAAAAUCACCGAUGACGGAGUCGAACUGAUAGCCGAGAAUUUACAAAAAUUGAGGUCGCUAGAUCUGUCAUGGUGUCCUAGGAUCACUGAUGCUGCCUUGGAAUACAUAGCGUGCGAUCUUAACCAGUUAGAAGAACUUACUCUAGAUAGGUGUGUACAUAUAACAGAUAUAGGUAUUGGUUAUAUUUCUACAAUGUUGUCGUUAUCUUCCCUAUAUUUGCGUUGGUGUUCCCAAAUAAGAGAUUUUGGACUGCAACAUUUGUGCGGAAUGCGCAACCUACAAAUACUGUCUUUAGCAGGGUGUCCGUUGUUGACUUCCAGUGGCCUGUCCAGCUUGAUACAGCUGCGACACAUGCGAGAACUAGAACUAACAAAUUGUCCAGGAGCGUCUCGGGAACUCUUCGACUACCUUAGGGAGCAUCUUCCUCGCUGCCUCGUCAUAGAGUAACACGCCAAUUUGUCCAAUAAUUGUUACAUUUGAUACUGACUGUGCAAUAACACUAGAAACCUACCUACAACUACUUCAUGACAACUUUUAUAUAUUCUACACCUUUAGUACUAACUAUAUUUAUUUAGGUUGAUUCGCUUUGUAUACUAAAAGGUUUUUAUAUAAGUUUUUCUUAUAGGACUGUACUUAAUUUGCUCUGUUUGACAAAUAGUAGGGGAGGAAAGUAUGCUAAAUUUGCAGUCAGUCGAGCGUUAUGGGGACCUAUUGAGUUUUGAAGAAUAGGUUAUAAUACCAAAAAAAGUUAAAAAUCCACAAGUAAAAAGUUUUCCUGUAGUUGGCUGUAUACCAUAUAAUACAAAAAACGACUAAAAUUCUUUAUAAAAGGUAUAUUUUUAAAAAUCACUAAAAAGGGCUACAUCACAGAAGGGCUCCAUUACUAGUUUUCGAUUGGAUGACCAAUCAUCAUCAGUGCUUACCUAAAAUGAGUAUAACCUGAUAAGUUAAGUUUUCCAUUUUAGUGGGGACUUUCCAUUUUUUAAUUUAAUUUUCCAUUUCCAACAAUCGUUUUUUCCGAUUAUAGCGCCAUCUAUCCAUAUUCUAAAAAAUGUCUCGAAUAGAAGUUGCUUAUUUUUACGUAAAGAAUCAAAAUCUGCAAUAAAAAUUAAGGGCUCCUCUUUAAGAUUUUAAAGUAACUCCCCCCCCCCCCACCUCCGUGAGGGGUCGUGUUUAGUGUCGUUCGAUAGAUUUUUCAAAUAUAUUGAAUAUGUGUAUUUUGCAGUUUUUUGAUCUGACGUUCAUUUCGCGAAAUAUCGCGAAGUUCGUAUUUGAAAUUUUAAAUUUUUCCCCACCCCUCUUCGUGGGGGGUCGUGUUUAGUGUCAUUCGAUAGAUUUUUCAAAUAUAUUGAAUACGUGUAUUUUGCAGUUUUUCGAUCUGAUGUUCAUUUCGCGAAGUUCGUAUUUAAAAUUUUAAAUUUACCCCCACCCCUCUGCGUGGGGGGUCGUGUUUUAGUGUCGUUCGAUAGAUUUUUCAAAUAUAUUGAAUACGUGUAUUUUGCAGUUUUUCGAUCUGAUGUUCAUUUCGCGAAAUAUUGCGAAGUUCGUAUUUAAAAUUUUAAAUUUACCCCCACCCCUCUCCCUGGGGGUCGUGUUUGGUAUUGUUCGAUAGAUUUUUGAAAAAUAUUGAAUACACAUUUUUUACUUUUUCGAUUUGACGUUCAUUUCGCGAACUAUUCGCUUUUUUUGUGAAACUUUGUGACUCGUCCAUUUCCUUACGCCUCGCUCAAAUCGUCAGAUUUUUUAAAUAUACACUCUUUUGCAUGUACUUAACUUACCUUAUCUUAAGAUGACGAUUUCGAGUUUUUCUAAGGAUAAUUUUUUUUUUCGGACCCCCCUUAACGAACUCCCCUGUAUUAAGACCCAAUAUAUGAUAGAGGUACAUUUACAAGGUACAAGGUUUCUUCCAUGUGAUAGUCUGACGCGCUCGAGUAACUGCAAAAAUCCCCGCUUGGUCUCCCCUACCAAAAUUAAUGUCAAAGGGAGUUGUAAUAAUAAUUAAGAAAAGAAAUUAUAGGGACGCGAUAUUUACUAGUUAUCUAGGCCAUUUUUGUAUGAUUUAUAAAAAAAACUCUAUUGACUAAAAACUAAUUGAUGUCUUUUUGAGCAAAUAAAUAAUGUUGAUCAUGUGAUGUAAAGCUUUUAUUAUUUAAACUAUAAAUUGAUAUACUUAUUUGUCGGCCACCUGUUUUUACUUUUAUACGAAUGUUUAUAUUUUAUAAUAAUAUUGUAAAUAGAUGUUGAGUUCGGUCCGUGGCGGAAAUAAUUGUAAUUUCGUUUUACUUCCAUGUCAAAGAUGCCAGGUGCCGAAAAUAAUGAUAAGAUGCGUCAUCUGGCUAAUAUUAUAUAGAGAGAUUCCGAAGUAUCAUAUAGUUCGUUAGUAAAAAUCUUCUUCUUUGGUUAAUAUAACAACCAGUACAUUGUGAGAACCUAACUAUGUCGAAUUCAGGAAUCUUAACUAAAAUGUUCUGUCGUUUUAGUUAAGGAACAUUUUAAUAAGAGCAAAUUUUACAUUUAUUUAAAAAAUAGCAGAACAGAACCAGAGACACCAGAAGUAACCACGAAUGAAGAAGUUAAGCUGCAGUAAGUUAAGAACAGAAAAGCUGCAAGCAAAGACGAAACACCAAAUGAAUUGCUGAAAUAUUGUGGAGCAGCCACAAUUAAUUAAUAAACAUUAAAAACAUCAAUUAAUAAAAUUAUAAAACAUAACAAAAUACCGGAAGAAUGGAGAACGACCGACCUAAUGCUACUAUUCAAAAAAUAGGAGAUAAAAACCAGAAAACUACAGAUGUAUAAACUUGUUAAAAACUACCACCAAAAAUUUAUAAGCGCUAAUGAAUCACGAGCAGUGCCCAUCUCGGCCCAAGAAACAGGUAGGUCUCUUAAAAAUGUCCCAAGUCGGCGCAAAGAUUAAAACUGCCCGAAAUAAAAUAUACCAGCUCGGCUCAUGGGAUAUCAAUUGUUACUAUCAAAUAAUUUUACAUCUCAAUGAAAAAAAAUAAAAUCCACAAGGAAAAGAAAAAGGUUUUCCUGUAGUUGGCUGUAUACCAUCAAUCACAAAAUUGGAAAGAAAUCCUUUGUAAAAGGUAUAAAAAUUUUUUUUUUAUUAAAAAUCCCUUAAAAGGGCUACAUCACAACAAAACGUUUUCGAUUUUUAUAAAAAAUCAUCAUCAGUGUUCGAUAAACUG